ACACAGAUUCCUAUGGAAGCGAUGGUAUUUAAAGAGCACAAAUUCAUUGCACUCAAAGAUACGACAAGCGUAGAAGAUUUAAAGAACCUAUCGAAGGGAAAGAGGAAACAUUUUGGUUUUUUUGUUCAAGUGCAUGCCUGAGAAGACCACUUCAGCCAAUGAAUCCCCAGAGAAGACCACUUCAGCAAAUGAAUCUCCAGAGAAGACCACCUCAGCCAAAGAAUCUCUGAAGCAGAAACGUCACGAUAUCAUACUGUCUGAUUCUUCAGAGGACGAGUUGGAAGAGCCUAAGCAGAGAAGUCUGGAUAUCAUACUGUCUGAUUCUUCAGAGGACGAGUUUGAAGAGCCUAAAAGAAAAAAGAAGACAGAAAAUUUGCCACAGACUAGUACACCUGAAAGAAAACGAUCUAAAUGGGUACAUGUAGCAUCUGACACUGAAGAUAUGCCAACGCUCCAUUCCCACUCCAUGAAAAAGAAAAAAGGUGUCUGCAGUACAGCCAGUCCUCAAGAAUCUCCAAUUAAGAAUGACAGUUCAGAUCUGCCAGACAUUCCUGUAACGGACACAGAUGAAGGCAAAUGUACAGAUGAGAAUAAGAGAGAUGAUGAUGAUGAGAUUAUGAAAGAAUUUGAGGAGAUGAUGCAACAGAAGCAGGAAAGGCAGUUGUUCGCACAGAGUUCAUUCCUAUACUUUCCAACCAAAGAUGAGCCCCAGGUUCAACUCUGCGUUGUGUACGAGAGCCAUGGGGGUCUUGCAAUUAACAGGCCAUUCAAACUGAAUGAUACAGUAAAGAGCGUUUUCAGCUGGAUAUGCGUGGAGGUCGAUCCUGAAAUUCUCCCCCCCGUUUUCCACUUGGAGUGUCGCACACCCACCAACUGCCCUAACCCCAGUUGCCCGCACAUUUAUGAACUAAAAAACAACUUCAAAGUGAAAGUGGGGGACUUGCCAAAUAUAUUAUACCUGCGUGAAGGGUAUUUUGCCACAGAAGAAACUUUCACUGGAUUUGGGGAUGUUCUCAUGUAACAAGAGAAUAUAAAUUUGUAGCAGUUUUUUUUUUCUUUUCCCCAUCACAUUUGUAUAGAGUACCAUUUUUCAUUAUUGAGCAUUUGAUAUCAUUAUGAGCAGAGAUUU